GUUCAGUCACGUUUUGUAGGCGCUCUGUGAAGGAUCUCGAAAGGCCUCUCCCAGUGUCGCCAGUUCUCUCAGCCGUAAGCCAACAGCUCUCCAGGAUGCUGUCCAUCUUCGCUAGAAGGUGUUUGGGAACGGCCGGUCGCGGUCUCAUCCCCAGAGCCUGCCAAUAUUCGACCCAAAUUGGCGAAAACCGAGCUGAUAAAGGGCUGGUGCUUGGGCUUUACGAGCAGGAAAUCGACACGGAAGAACCGCGCCUCUCGCCGACCGCCAUUCAUUUCGAUGCCAAAACCGAUGGGCAACUCCUGAACCUAAUCAAAGAGUGCAAUUUGAAGGGUAAACUGGGCAGUGUGAAGGUUUUCAAUAACCUUGAUCCGGAGAUUGGUUCCAUCGCCAUCGUCGGCUUGGGCAUCGAGGGGGCCGGCUACAAUGAGCUGGAGAUGAUUGACGAGGGCCUGGAGAAUGUGCGCGUCGCGGCCGGUGUGGGAGCGAAAACGCUCGCGAACGAGGGCUGCACGCAGAUCUACGUCGACCCGAUGGACUACCCGGAGCAGGCGGCGGAGGGCAGCGGUCUGGCGACGUGGCGCUACCAGGCGAACAAAACGAAGAAGGACCGCAAACCCAUCCCGAAGCUGGACCUGUACGAUUCGGCCGAGGUGGACGCGUGGACCCGAGGUCUGUUCAAGGCCGAUGCGCAGAAUCUCGCCCGCAGUCUGGCCGAUGGGCCGGGCAACCAGAUCACGCCGACGUCCUUUGCGCAGGCUGCCGUCGAUGCGCUCUGCCCGUGCGGCGUGAACAUUGAGGUGCGCAACAAGGACUGGGCGGAGGCGAAAAGCAUGUCCUGCUUCCUGUCCGUCGCCCGGAGCUCGUGCGAGCCGCCGAUCUUCCUCGAGAUCAGCUACUGUGGCGAUGACAAGGCGGGACGGCCCAUCAUGCUCGCCGGCAAGGGCAUGACGUUCAACAGUGGAGGACUGUGCCUGAAGAACCCGGAAGAUAUGGCCAAGUAUCGGGCGAGUAUGGCCGGCGCUGCGACGGUGGUAGCGACGAUUCGGGCAGCUGCCGCCCUGUCCCUGCCCGUUAACCUGGUUGGGCUGAUCCCGCUGUGCGAGAACAUGCCCUCGGGAAUGGCCUUCAAGCCGGGCGACGUGAUUACGGCAAUGAACGGGAAGACGGUGGCGGUGCACGACACCAACAAUGCCGGCCGGCUGAUGCUAGCCGACGCGUUCGUGUACGGGCAGACCACUUUCAAGCCGAAAAUUGUCGUCGACGUGGCCACGCUCUCGGACGGUAUUGUGCAUGCGCUAGGUGGUGCUGCUAGCGGUGUGUUCUCCAACUCGGACUUUUUGUGGUCCCAGCUGCAGAAAGCCGGUGCGAUUAGUGGUGAUCGCUGCUGGCGUAUGCCGCUCUGGCAGUACUACUCGCACAAAGUUACUGAGUACAGUAACGUAGACAUCAGCAAUGCGGGUCGUGGCAAGGGAAGUGCCUGCCUGGGAGCGGCCUUCCUCAAGGAAUUCGUUCCCUGCGUGGACUGGGUGCACAUGGACAUUACCGGCGUUGGUAUGCUGAAGCGAGGUGCAGGCAUUCCGUACCUCGCGAACGACCGAAUGACUGGACGUCCUACCCGAACACUGAUCCAGUUCUUGUACCAGCUGGCCUGCCCCGAGCAACAGAAGCAACGGCUAAUGGAGAAAAAGGCUUGAGCUACCAGGCCAGGCUAGGCGGGUAGCACGCACCAUGUUUGGCGAUCACUCUAAACUUCUAAAUGCUAGCACAUAACUGACACAAUAAAAUAGGGUUUUUUUGGGAGGAAUUGUAAAAUAUG